GCUUCCUGGAAGAGCACCCUUCAUAGAUGUUAUUUAAAAACAGUAACAACACCUUCCUCUGAUUGGCUUUCCACUAUCUUCUUGGAUUUGCUCCCAACGCCCCAGAAGUUGAGUCAGCAUUAUAAGGCAGUGGCUGGAAAAGAAGGCCACCUCCUCAAAAACACCUUUCUCUCCGUCCCACCCCACUCAGGAAUAACUCAACUACUGGGGCAUAGGGGCAGAUUGAAGAUAGUGGCCAGCACCUACUUGGAAAUGGAUGUUGCUUGAUGCUAGAGCACUGUAAAAAGUAUUAAAAGAGCACUGUUCAUGAUCUAACCGUUCAUCGUGCGACACCUGAGGAUAUUGUACGAAGACAUGAGAUGCACAAGUCAAAGAACAAAGUCCUUGUACACUUGGAACUGCAAGAAAAAGCAUUAAAGAGCAAAUGGAAGAAGCAGAGACCAAUAACGUUAGAGUCGCUAGAGAAAAAGAAACUGGCCUUGAUGAGAGAAAUUCUCUCUGAGCAGUACCAGCUACAGGAUGUCCUGGAGAGAUCUGACCAUGCCAUGGCUAUGGUGAAAGACCUAUUUGGAGAUGCCCCUCACAGGCAUUUAGGUUUCCCAAACGUGACGGUAGCUCCUGAUUAUGGUCUGCAAUCCUCUCAAGGUCCCAUCAUACAAAAGUGUGAUCCUCCCACACAGCUCUCCAUUCUUAGCAAUCCCAAGGCUGUCAGUGAAAUAAGAGAACAUGCUUCCAUGUGCAAGACAAACAAUGAGAAUGAUGCGUCUCUGAGCUUCAGAUCCAACAUUGACACGGACAGGAUGCUUUACCUUCUGAAAGAAGAAAACUCUGUAGUCAUUGACCAAAAAGGGGCUUCUAAGCCACCAGCAUCUAUCACGUCAUCACAGGGAGUAAAUGUUCUUUCAACUCCAACAGCAGCUUUUCAGUCACCGGGACAUACAGCCCUUAAUACUACUAAUGUAGUCAGGAGAAUCCAUUCAAGACUUCAGAACGAAGAACAGACUCCAGAUACCACAUUCGUUGUGCAGCAAGUACUGAAUGCUAAUGUAAGGAAGCAAAAACAAACAUUAACAAAAGUGAAGAAAAAACAAAGUGCACAGAUCCCUAUUGGACCAAAGAGAAAUAACUUGAGCACUGGUGCAACUUCCUUUGACCGUCGAAAUGGCAACAGAUCCAGCCUAGAGGUCUUGAAUCAAAUGAUGCAUGAGUUGGAGCAUGAGAUGGAGGAACAUGAAAGGUGGAUGGGGCAUGAAAUCCAACCAGUACAACCCAGUCAAGGGGUCUCUGGAUUUACUCACUCGCUGGUGAAUGUUCUGUGCCGGAUGCUGCGCUAUUUGAAGGAGAGUGAGACAAGGGUGCGCCAUGAAAUGUUGGGCAGGCAGCAGCUUGAAAGGGAGCUGAGUGAACACAGAGCCCUCAUUGAUGCUUUAACUGCUGAAGUCUUCCUGGUGAGAGAAGAAAACCAUGCUAUGCAGAAUAAGCUCCAGAAGUACCUGAUUGUAAGAGAUGAACCAGUGAUUCCACUUGCUCAUGCACUUGAAGGCCUUUCUUUCACAGAUUCUAAUAGAAUUACAAGUCCUGGAGAGAUUGGGGAACAUUUAGUUGGCUGUCCAGAGACCACCGAAGCACACAGCCUCAUUGAUUAUCUCUUGUCAGACAAGGCCGUCCCAGUUCAUGUGCAUGGACUUUUGCAAGAAGAUCUUAACAGUAAAACGCCAAUGUUGCUAAACCCUCCAGAUAAAAUCUACCCAACCCCUACGUUAUCAACGUGUAGGUUCCAACCGGCUGUCUUGUUAUCUCCACCACAGCAGAAAAGCAGCCAGGACUUGUCUCUUCAAGAUGACUCCACUAGGAGAGAGCAAGAUGGAGAACAGGCUUCCUCUGCCUCAUACAAACCACUGAUGGUGCAGGAGGAUGACAGUCUCUUAACUCAGAAAGGCAGUGUUCCUGUUGCAACCCAAACCUUGCAGAGUUCUCUAUGGCCACAUGACCAACUUUUAGGAAGCACCGUCUCUGCAGUGCCAAGACCAAGUUUUGGUGAUGUUACAGAGAGACUCGAUCCUGGUGUGAACAUGAUGCGUACACAGAACGAUGAUCUGCAGGGGCAAAUAACUGAACUAACACUGCAGAACUCUGUUAUUAAAGCUCAGCUGAGCGCAUUUGGGCAUUGCCAUGAGGAGGCUUGGGAUAGCUUACAUCAGCCAGUCCAAAUGCAGGAUGGAUCAGUUGUAGAAGGACAGGAAAAUGGUGAAGCUGUAAGUAGCUUGAAAGAAUUACCAAAGAGUUUGGAUGAACGAAUAGCUGAGUUGAGCCGCCAGAGUGCAGAAGCACGUGGCAAAUUGUUGUUGUUGACCAGUCAGCAGAAGUUAUCCACAUUCAUCUCUGUGUCUCCACCAGUUUCACCAAUUCUAUCACCACCUGUAAACGUGAUUGAGAAUGGAAGAAGGACAAUUGAGGUGUCUUCCCCGGUGGCAGAAACUCUGGAUAGUUCUAAAGAAGAUACGUUUUCCUCUGCCAGUGGGACUAGUGCAAGGAGAUCUACAGGAGUGUCAAGUCAGGUGUGUUUACCAUCAAGCACCUCGAUGAGAAAUAUACAGUUGACAUAUGGCAGUCACAGGAUAGCAUCUGAAAAACAAAGAGAAGAAGGCUGGUUUGCCUUGUCAACGCACAUUGGAUAGCCCUGAACUCAGUGAUAUGUAUACAAUCGUGUGUUUAAAUUGUUUUCAUGCCAUUUUUGUAAAGUUUAAGAGUCCUUUCUGCCAGUACUUGGAAAUGUCAGUGAUGCUAAUUGUACUGUGCUCGUUCCAGAUCUGUGGUUAUGUACUUCUCAGUAAGAGUUCAUGUCCAUAUUGCAGAACGCUUGUGUCAGACUCAUUUUCAUAUAUGCAGUCUGCAGCAUGGUAGCCACUUGAAAGCACAGCAGUGUGAAAGCAGCUGUCGGUAGCAAAUCUGUUGAACAGCUCUUCAUGGUAUUGCUUUGACUUUAACCACAAUCUCAUUGUUGUAACAUUCAAGCAGCUUUUCACACUGUAAGCCACACGUUUGAGUCAGGCCUUGGUAGCCAUUGCUGCCUUUGCCAAUCAAAAUGGCUCCUUGAGGUGUCUGCAAUUAUUUGAUUGUAAUUUCUGGAAUGUUCAGCAUUGCAUAAUAGAGGAAAAUCUAAUUGAGAAAUGCUGAAUGCAACAAACAAGAGACUUCGCAUGUUUUAACCCUUGUAAUGCCACUGGAAAAAUACUUGUUGGAAAUAAAGCAGAUUCUUCCCUGUGGCACCAAUUAUUGGCUUCUAGAAGGGACAUUCUAUCACAUAAGGCAAAUUCCUGGAGUGGAGUUGGUAACUUUUUGGGUCCAGUUAAAUGAUCGAUCAUGACACUCUUUCCUGGCACAAGCCUUACAGUCCCAUCUGUUGCUUUCAGAAACUGACCUGUGUUAAAGCACAGCAAAUUUCCUGUUGUUCUCCCUAGCUUCCUUCAGCAACAUGCCACCUUUAUUUGAUACACAUGCAGAAACCAUUCAACUUGGCAAGUAGGAGAAUUCCUGGAGGGCACUAGGGCAAACAAUCCUCCUAAAUCUUGAUAGAUAGAUAGAUAGAUAGAUAGAUAGAUAGAUAGAUAGAUUAAAAGAGAGAAAAGAUUGUUCCUGUAGCUUUCUCUGACUUUUUGGAGAGGAGGCACCCAUCCUGUUCUCUGGCUUAAUGGGUGUUGAUUUGGUCAUACUGGCUAAUCAGCUUCCCAUGAUGAUUUUAAAAAAUACACUCUGUGGCUGCCCAGCAACCAAUAGUGUAGCACUGCAGGUCACCUCCAGCUGUAUACUGAACUGCAGAAUGUGACUUUUGGAGAGGGAUGAGGCAAGCAGCAUGGCAUGGUGAUGGUCUGUCUCUUUGAAUUUAAUGAAUAUAAAGGAAAAAGUCGAGGAGGAGGAGAAUUCAGCUAGGCCUCCCCCCAACCCAGAAUUAGUAGUAGUAGCACUAAGCAGGAAAUGUUAAAAUUAUUCAUGCGUGCAAAAUGGAAUUAUCAACUCCCGAGAAAGGAAAGUUUUCCAUCUCAGAGAGGCCUUUAAACCUAUCUAAUCUACUUGAAAAAUAAUAUCAUUUUUAAAGCCCAGAUUAUUUUUUAAAAAUAAUUUUCUUCUUUAUGCAUCGAAAUUAAUUCCCUUUGGGGUCUGUUUUUUUUUAAUGUAUCCUCUGGACUCUGUAAUAGAUGAUGCUUCGCUUGUCCUCUGCAGUCUAAAAAAAAGCAGUCAUCCUUUUUAUUUCCCCCCAACCUCCACGCUUAGCUGUGAAAGAGUGGAACCUCAGCGGGAAUUAUUUCUGAGUUGACAUGUUUACCGGGCUGAUCUCAGAGCGGAUGUGGAGAUUUCCAAAGAACAGAAGUUAUCUCAAAGUGCAGGCUCAUUUGGGGGAAAACAAAGCAGCUUUUACACUCAUUAACCCUUUAGCAAACCUUUGGGUAGGUGCAGCUUCAGAACAAUAGCCUCCCUCACCCCUUUUAGAAUUGCAGUGUAAGUCAAUAAGAAUUAUUUAUGCGAACCGCACAGAGAGCUUCGGUUAUGGGGCGAUAUACAAAUGCAAUAAAUAAUAAUAAUAACUACUGAGUUGACAUGUUUAGCCAGCUGUUUUCAGGUCAGAAGUGGAGAUUUCAAAGGAACAACAGUCAUCCCAAAGUACAAGCAUUAACACCUGUGCAAUAGCGGUAAUGUAAAACUUGAAUGCACCCCUAGGCACGCCCACCAUACUAAGCUGAAUUUAUUUUGGGGAAUUGGGGCAAUGCUUCACAUUGAAGCUGCAGCAGGAAGAAAAUCUAUCACAAAAUGCCUUUACAAAAAAUGUGGUUUUCAGGCAUGUGUCACGAAAGUUUCUGAGAUGCAGCAGCUCUGGAGUAAAUUGCUCUUGUUGAUAGGCCCUAUGUCACUGUCCCACCAAAUCAGCUGUAUGAAAGCUUAUACACACAAAGCUUAUAGCUAAACAAGCCCCAAUACAUAAUUCAACUAGGUAUUGAAAGCUGGGUGAAUCCUAACGUUUGACUUUUCAGAAUGGACAUUGCCAGAUACCCUGCUAGCAUGCUUCAUUGGGAAGGCAGAGGUGCUUUAUUAAAUACUGUUAUAUGAGUUCACAAAUGAACACGGAACAUUAAACACGAGCAGGAUGUGAAAGAUUGACAGUACCCAAGUGGAUGGGAAAAUAUGAUAAGAGUGUAUACAGAAUGGACAAAGACAGACUACUUGGCUUAAUUUUGAUGGUCUUUAUUGUUCAAAAGCUUGCAAGCACUUUUCUAGGAAUAAAAUGCAAGGCAAACAUGG